CGGGGUGAAGCACCUCUCCAGCGGCGACCUGCUGAGGGACAACAUGCAGAAGAAGACAGAAAUUGGAAUCCUUGCCAAGUCCUACAUUGAUCAAGGGCGGCUUAUUCCAGAUGACGUCAUGACACAACUAAUGCUGAACGAGCUAAAAGGUCUAGAUCAGUACAACUGGCUGUUGGAUGGCUUCCCCAGAACAGUUGCUCAGGCAGAAGCCCUGGAUAGAGAAUGUCAGAUAGACACUGUGAUUGACCUAGAUGUGCCAUUUGAGACCAUAAAGUGUCGACUCACAGCACGUUGGAUCCACCCUGCCAGUGGCAGAGUCUACAACCUUGAAUUCAGUCCUCCCAAAGUGCAGGGCAUGGAUGAUAUUACUGGUGAGCCACUUGUUCAGCGCGACGAUGACAAGCCAGAGACAGUUAGCAAGAGGCUGCAGGCUUACGAUGCACAAACAAAACCUGUUCUAGAAUAUUACCGGGAAAAAGGGUUAUUGAAAUCAUUCUCAGGAACAGAAACCAAUAAGAUAUGGCCACAUAUCUAUGCUUUCCUUCAAACCAAGUUGCCAGAUGUGAGCCAGAAAGAUGCUGCCACUCCCAGGUGAAAAUAGGUCUAACUUCUGCUCAUCUGUCAUAGCUUAGUCUUGAUUACAUGAGAUUCAGCAAUCAAGGAGUAAUCCAAGUAGUCUACCACACUGAUCAAGAAUAAAAGUCUAAUGCUGUCCUUAACUUACAUUAGGAUAAAAUUGUGUUGCCUGAGGUUCUCACUUUAAUGCUGUAUUUUUUUAUAUUAAAUAUACCUAAUUUU